AUGAGUGAAGUCGAAGAAACAAGCAUUACAAUAGAUGAUAAUGCCGCGCACAAUGGAGAACAAAUAACAUUACUAUCUGCAUCUCCGAAUGGUGAACAUGUAAUCACGUAUAGCAGCAAAGAUCGUUCAAUUGAAGGAUGGAUUGUCGGCGAAAACGAUUCUAAAUGUGCCACUCUUAAACGAGACCCUGAAGUAACUGUUUAUAAAUUAUCAGAUGAUGAAAAAGUAAAUGAAAUGAAAGUUAAUGAUGAUAAAUUU